UGCGCGGGCCGCCGCUGACGAAUCCGGGUUCUAGAACGAGCAAUUAGGCUGGUGAACAAAUACUCGGAGCGAGAAGCCUUGUGAGGGGGCUGGAACGCCACGCCGUCUUUCCUAAAACUGUGGGCCGAGCAGAAACUCUUGGUGUGUUUGGAAUCUUGGUUGACAAACUCACCUUGUCUAUCGUGUACUAUCAAACAUGCCAUCAACACAACCAGGCGCCGCUACUUCCCUGGGCCCUCCUGCUCUCGAUGAUGCCGAGACGGAGAGGCUGGUACAGACCGUCAAGGACUGGACCAUCGCGCAUGGCCUCGCGGUCCGCCCGCCCCCGGUCCUGGUGGCCGCCGAGGCCGACCCUGCCGGCGUCCUGGCCACGAGCGUCGCGGUGACGCUGUUUCCCAGCCCGUUCCCCAAGAACUGCUUCGAGCAGGCUCAGGCCGCCCAGAAGCCGUAUAAUGAGCUCUAUGCCAAGAUCAGUCAAGACGAGGACUUUCUCCGCCAAAUGGUCGAGGAGGUCAUGGAUGGAGACGAGUUCAUCUCCAAGUUAUGGGGUGUCCACCUGAAGGUCAAAGAAGAAGGCUAUGUCCAAGAUCUCUCCCUCGGCCUCUUCAGGUCUGACUACAUGGUACACCAGGACCUGACCGCGCCCGACUCGGUGCCGCAGGUCAAGCAGGUCGAGUUCAACACCAUCGCCUCCUCCUUUGGCGGCCUCUCGGCACAGACGUCGGCGCUGCACAGGUAUCUCGCUAGGGCCGAGUACCCGCUGCUCGGGGACCCGCGCCCCGCCGGCAGCCUCGACCUGCCCGAGAACCAGAGCACGCAGGAGCUGGCGGCGGGCCUGCGCGCCGCCUUCGAGGCCUACCCGGCGGCCUCGGAGGAGCUCGGGCACGAGCGCUGCGUCGUCUUCCUCGUCCAGGACGGCGAGCGCAACGUCUUUGACCAGCGCCACCUCGAGUACGAGGUCCAGGGCGGCAGCGGCAGCGGCAGCAACAACAAGGCCCACAUCCCCGUCUUCAGGCUGCCCUUCUCCCAGAUCCUGGCCCGCACGACCGUGGCCGCCACGCCGCGCCGGCAGCUCCUCUACAGCCCGCCCAGCAGUCCCGGGCGGGCGUUCGAGGUGGCCGUCGUGUACAUGCGCGCGGGGUACGGGCCGGGCGACUACAAAGACGACGCGGCGUGGGCCGGGCGGCUGCAGAUCGAACGGUCCGGGGCCAUCAAGUGCCCGACGGUGCUGACGCAGCUGGCGGGCAUGAAGAAAGUGCAGCAGGUGCUGGCCGCCGCGCCACCUUCCUCCUCGUCGUCCUCGUCGCCACCCCCGCCGCUUGGGCUGGGCCGGUUCGUGCCCGAGGACUCGGCCGCCUCGCAGGCGCUGCGGCGGACGUUUGCAAACAUUCACCCACUCGACGGCUCGGCCGCGGGGCUCGAGGGCCGGCGGCUGGCGCUGGACGCGCGCGAGUGCCUGCGCCACGUGCUCAAGCCGCAGCGCGAGGGCGGCGGCAACAACCACUACCGCGCCGCCAUCCCGCCCUUCCUGGGGUCGCUGCCGGGCGGGCCGUCGCACUGGCGGUCCUACAUCCUGAUGGAGCUCAUCACGCCGCCGCCCGUGGCCAACGUCAUCCUGCGCAACGGCAAGGUCGAGCGCGGCGGCGUCAUCUGCGAGCUAGGCGUCUUCGGGACCUGCCUCUGGAACAACAGGACGGGCGAGGUGCUGCGCAACGAGACGGGCGGGUACCUCCUGCGCACCAAGGGGGACCAGAGCGAGGAGGGCGGGGUGGCGGCCGGGUUUGGCUGCAUGGACUCUUGUGUGUUGGUCUGAAGUGCCGUAUUGACGUAUGCAGAUUAGGUACGAGGCAAAGACAAAUUUCAUGAUGGCGUUGUCUUGGUAGUUUGUUUGUAGAGACCUGAUUAUUACUUGAUGUGUCGUGAAGUUUAGGGGGAGGGAGAGCAUCUCAACUAUGUGUCCCUUAGCCCCAAGCAAGACAGUCAACUUGACAGCAUUCGACACCUAGCGCCUCUUAAGCCGCAGCUAGCAUCAAUAACACCACUUCCGAAGCUAUCUCUAAUUUGAGAUGUCU